AACAAAUAUGAAUAUUGUUUAUACCCAAGAAGGAAGAUUAAUUAUCAAUCUUUCGCAAUCAAUUUGGCAAAUUGUAAUUGUUUAAUAAAUCAUAUAAACAAAAUGCUCAUCUAAUCAUGAGCAUUUAUAUUAUCUGAAAUAUCAACAAACCCGAUCCCAAUGAAUCCAUUUUCUCGUUCACAUUGAAUCCAUAUUCCUACUCAACACUGAAUUAAUCAGUUAAAUGAAUUAAUUGUCUUCUUUAGGUGAUUAACCCCAAAAAAGAGCAGAAAAAGUAAUUUAGACAACAUUUAGUUUCUUCUCCCGCCGUUAGUUGAACAUGAACCAGUUUCUCUUGAAAUGUUUUCCAUUCACAACUUUGUUUCCACUCAAUCACCAAAAUGUAAUUUCUUUCAUUUGUUUGGUUUUAUUUAUUUAAUUUUAAAUUUUAUUCUUUAGCUAAUCAAUUAUUCUCAAUUAAUAUUUUUCUAUUCUCAAUUAACAUCACUUGGUCUCUAAUUAAUCUACACUGUCCAUAGAUUAAGGUUUAACUCUCCACCAUAAGUUCUAAGUCAACAGUUUCCAUUUUCUCCACCGAUAACUGAGCCUUACCUGGAAUCUUUUUAGUGAACACCAUGUUUAUGGAUUAUUUUUCUACAUGAAAAUAAACGUUACCAGAGAUCAAAAUUUAACCAUUACUGUGAUAAAACCGAUCAUCUUAUUUAUUCAACACAAAUAUAAUCAGUUCAAUAGAAUAUUCAAUCUCAAUGAAAGUUAAAGACUUGACCAUGUCCAAGGUUUUUGUCCAACGUUUGGUGAUCACUUUUGUUUGGUUUCAGCUUUUUCUGUUUGUAAAUUGUUAUAAAAGAGAUCUAUCUCUUGAAGCUGAACAGAAACAGUUGGACAAUGAAUUAGAUAAAACUGGCCUUGGAUUUGAAUAUUUAAAUUAUCAAAAUCUAACGAAAUUUAUUCACCUUCUGGAAUUACGUUAUCCCACCUUGGUAAAAGUUUACAGUGUUGGCUCAAGUAUUGAGAAACGGGAACUAUGGGCGAUGAAAAUUACCAACACUCAAAAAAGGCCACUUGGUAAACCGAUGUUUAAAUAUGUCGCCAACAUGCACGGAGAUGAGACCGUUGGUAGACAAUUGUUGGUUCGUUUAGCUUGGCAUUUGGUCACCAAUUACAAUAAAGACGAUCGGGUGACUAAAAUCAUGGAAUCAAUUGAAACUCAUCUUCUAUUCUCAAUGAAUCCGGAUGGGUUUGAGCGAGCAAAACUUGGUGAGUGCGAUGGUGCUAACAAGGAUAGUGGCCGAGAAAAUGCCGCUGGUGUUGAUCUUAAUCGUGACUUUCCAGAUCAAUUCAGCAACACACCUUUAGUUUCGGUUGAUGAAAUGGCAAGAGGAAGACAACCCGAAACUGUCGCUGUGAUGGCUUGGAUUGUCUCUAAUCCGUUUGUACUUUCUGCUAAUCUUCAUGGAGGUUCAGUUGUUGCCAGUUAUCCAUUUGAUUCAUCAUUUAGUCACAAAGAAACUGGUGAACUAAGUCUUUCCCCGGAUAACAAUAUAUUCACCCACCUCGCCUCCAUCUACGCUUCACACCACCAAACCAUGAGAAAUGGAAAUGUUUGCAAAGACGAUGAGUUUCUCAACGGUACAACUAAUGGAGCCUUUUGGUUUGAUGUUGCAGGCGGUAUGCAAGACUUUAAUUACAUCUGGAGUAAUUGUUAUGAGAUAACAUUGGAACUAUCAUGUUGUAAAUAUCCAACAGCUUCACAAUUGACAAAUGAAUGGAAUCUUAAUCAGGAACCUUUAUUGACAUUUAUGGAACAGACUCACAUGGGAGUUAAGGGUGUUGUUAAAAACUCGGUGACAAAUAAACCCGUUGAAAAAGCUUUUGUUAAAAUACAAGGAAUUAAUCAUAAUGUUACAACAAAUGCUCGAGGUGAAUUCUGGAGAUUAGCUGUAAAUGGUACUUAUAACAUCACUUUUGAGGCGUUUGGGUAUCAAGAUAAAAUGAUAUUCGAUGUUGUUGUAAAAAAUGAACUAAAAUCAGCUAAAUGGUUGGACGUUGAUUUGGUUCCAAUUUCGUCGAGCAAAGAUAUUUCUGAGAACAGUGUCGUUGAGAGCGAUAUAGUGGACACUAAUUCCCGUCCUCCGAUAAGACCGGUAAACACAACUGACUUUUCGAAAGAUUUUGUUACACCUUACAAUUUUUUUCAUCACAAUUACACCGAAACGACUAAAUUUCUGCAAUAUUUUGCUAAAAAUUAUCCAUCCUUGACUCGUCUCUACAGUAUUGGUAAAAGUGUUGAAGGAAGAGAUCUCUGGGUUCUAGAAAUUAGCGAUAAUCCUGGAAUUCAUGAGCCAGGAGAACCCGAAUUUAAAUACAUUGCAAAUAUUCAUGGUAACGAAGUUGUUGGAAAGGAAAUUCUCCUUCCAUUUAUUCAAAAACUACUCGAGAACUACGAUCGAGAUCAGAAGAUUAAAUAUCUGGUUGACAACAUUCGAAUUCACAUUUUACCUUCUCUUAAUCCUGACGGGUACGAACGUUCAGUUGAAGGAGAUUGUGAAUCAUUACAUGGAAGAGAAAACUCUAGACAACAAGAUUUAAAUCGAAAUUUUCCCGAUCAGUACAAACCUUUUGCACGAGUUAAUUUCCAACCCGAAACUGAAGCUGUUAUCAAAUGGAUUCGAAGUUAUCCUUUUGUACUUUCAGCGAGUUUACAUGGUGGCUCUCUGGUUGCUAAUUAUCCAUUCGAUGGUAAUUUAGAUGAAAUUGAUCAUGCUUACAGUAAAAGUCCAGAUGACGAUGUCUUCAGAAAACUGGCCUUAGUUUAUUCAACGAAACACAAAUCAAUGUCCGAUGGUCAUCCUUGUAAAGAGGGUUGUGGUCCAAUCUAUGAAUUUUUUGACAAUGGUAUCACUAAUGGUGCUCAAUGGUAUGUCCUUUAUGGAGGAAUGCAAGACUUUAAUUAUAUCAACACUAAUUGUUUUGAGAUUACACUCGAAUUGGGCUGUCAAAAAUUCCCGUAUGCUGCUGAUCUACCUCGAUAUUGGGACGAUAAUCGAGUCGCUUUAAUCUCUUUCAUGGAAGAAGUACUCAAAGGUGUUAAGGGUUUCGUCGUUGAUUCAGAUUCUAAACCAAUUAGAAAUGCAACAAUUCACGUUGAAGGAAUUAAUCACAAUAUUAAAUCUGCAGAAGAUGGUGACUAUUGGCGAUUGUUGGUUCCAGGUCGUUACACACUCACCGUUAACGCUGAAGGUUAUGAAAGUGCAACUGCAACUGUCGAUGUGAACGAUAAUUUGGCUGCUGUUGUUAACUUUACUCUCGCAAAGGAAACUCAUAAAGUGAGGAAAAAGCCCUCACCUAAUUCCGGUAAAUUCAUCGUUGGUAAAACUGUUAAUCUAAACGGUGAGCCCGUUUCAGGAGCAAUAAUUAAAUCAAUAAACGAUGACACUAUUGAGUACAAAACUGAUGAGAAUGGUAAAUUUUCAAUUCCAUAUUCUGAUGGUGAAUAUGGUAUUUCAGUGACAGCUGAAGGAUAUUUAAAUGCUACGAAAUCCAUUUCAAUUCAAUAUGGACAGAAGAGUGAAUUGGUAAUCGAUUUGGUUAAAGAUACUCGAGUCUAUGGUUACCCAAGGCCCGUUUUCAUCAUCGUGGUUGGCUCAUUUAUCCUCUCUCUUUUAAUUACCGUUAUGUGUGCCUACAAUUUUGCCUUAUCGCGAAAAUAUGAUAAAUAUAAAUUCCGUCGUCUUGGUGAAUCAACAAGUCUUUUUGAUGAUGAUGACAGUGGAUUUAAGAACGGUGUUGAUCCAAGGGAAUUUAUUGACGGAAGUGAAACCGAAUCAGAAGACGAACUUUAUAAUGUUCACUUGUGGAAAGAUAAAGAUCGAAAUUCAUGAAAAUUCCAUUGGACAUAAUCAAAUAGCUAUUUAAUUACAACGAGAAGAAACAGAAAGCAAUUUAUCAAAGGAACAAUCAAAAUUUCAUAAUCUAAUUAUUUAUAUUUAUAAGUAUUGUUAUAUUGAACCACGAAAUUAAAACAAUUAUGAAACAAUUUAUCGAAAACUGUGAUAAGAAAUUGCAAUUUAUCUGCUCUAAUUGUUGCCCAUCAAAAAUAAUCAUCAAACACUCACAGCAAUUAAAAGUAUCGAUUUUACAAACAACUUGAUCACCAAUAUGAUUAAAUUUUGAUUGUAACUUUGGUCGAUUGGGAAUCAACAAAAUAAAUUUCGUACAAAUUCAA